GUCGUCGGUAAACCUUUUGCAACUCUGAAGAAACGUGAAGCUGAAGGUCAAUUGAUGGUUGUCACAAUUGAUGAAUUUAAAACCUCUAAAACAUGCAGCCUCUGUUUCUACGAUGAUAUGCAAAUUGUUGAUACUCUUGGAUUCAAGGGUACCGGCGUUCUUCAUUGCAAGCAAU